CAGCCACGAGGGGGCUCACUUUGACUGAUCUGUCAUGUUCGCUUGCAUGAAGGCCAGCAAGAGCCUGACCAGGUACGGUAGUGUUGGCCAUGGUCGCGCUGCGAAAAUGUCCAACGAAUCGGCGUUAGCCGAGAACAUCGGCAGAGCUGUCCUGGCGGCUAUUCAAACUUUUUCAACAGCGACAGCAACCGCCUCAGGGCCACCACAGGCCAACUCGGCUCUCACCACCUACAAUAACCCACCGGGGCCAGCCACACCCACCACCUCCACUGGGACAUCAUACCGCUCGGGCUCCAGCACCAGCACUACCAUACCUUUACCAACAACAGACUUUGCUCCAGUGACCUGUCUGUCAAAUGACUACCAAGGAAGACAUCAGAUUUCCAAAGAGGAGCUUGAACAUGUUCUUUCACUGAAAACCACCUUUACAGAAGCGGCAUCUAUUCUUUCAAUCUCAAGGCCAACUUUCUACAAGUUACUGCAAGACUAUAAUAUCCCAACGUCAAAAUUUAAGAGCAUCAGUGAUCAACAAUUGGAUCUUGAAGUGUCACAAAUAAAAACUGAACACCCAAAUGUUGGAGAAGUGAUGCUUAUGGGGCAUCUCCGCUCCAAAAACAUUGUGGUUCAAAGACAACGUGUAAGAGAUUCACUGCGAAGGAUGGACCCAAUUGGUGUCCUAGCCAGGAGAAGAACAGCAAUAGCUCGGCGAGUAUACUCUGUCCCACAUCCAAAUUUCAUAUGGCAUGUAGACGGAAACCAUAAGUUGAUUCGGUGGAAAUUGGUUGUUCAUGGAGCCAUAGACGGCUACAGUAGGAUGUUGAUGUUUCUUCACUGCUCCAACAAUAAUCGUGCUGAAACUGUAAGAGACCUCUUUACUGCAGCUGUUGGACAGUUUGGCAGACCACUGCACAUCAGGACUGAUCACGGAGGAGAGAACGUUCAGAUUUGGGAGGACAUGCAUGCAAGCAGGGGGGAAGGCUCUGUUUUAACAGGAAGUUCUGUACACAACCAGAGGAUCGAGCGUUUUAACCGAGACUUGAACAAAAACUGCAGCCAUAUUUAUGCACCCAUUUUUUAUGAACUGGAAUCCCUGGGUAUCCUAGACAUAGACAAUGCAACAGACCUAUUUUGUCUCCAUUAUGUCUUUCUACCCAGAAUCAACCGCACUUUGGAGGAAUUCAAAGCUGGAUUUAACAAUCACUCUAUGUCAUCUGAAGGAAAUAGAACACCAGUUCAGCUUUUUAGUCUGGACAAUGAUUUGCCUCAUCUUCACAACCCAGAACUCUCAACAGCAGGGUUAGUUUUUGUUCCUCACCAAACUCUCAAAGAGGAUUUUCCCCAUUGA